AUGGACUUCCUAGAAAGACUAGAGGAUCCUAGACAUGGAAGAGGAAUUUCUAAAAAGGGAUGGGAUAUCUUGAAUAUGGGAGAUAAUCCCCGGAUAGGGAUGGACUUUAUGUUCCAUCCAGGAGAUAGCUGUGAGGUUGGAUCAGUUGAGGAUGGAAUAUCACGGCAACCCUCAAGCAUGAAAAGAAUAUCAGGAAUUGUGGGUCUAUCAAGAGGGUCUAGUGCAGUGCAAAGAACUCUUUCCUCUCUGACGAUCCAAGGUUAG